UGGAGUAUUUAAGGGCGCGGGGUAGGCCCAACGUCGUUUUGUCCAACCCAAAAUUUACUUAUGGGCUUUGAACACACCUCAAAGCCCAAAAAACAAAGACAAACUUAAGAGAGAGAGAGAAAAAAACUGUUCAAAAACUGAGAGGAAUAAGAAAGAACAAAGAAGAAAAAAAACGUUACACGAAAGAAGGAAGAAGAGUGAAGAAUGGCGGCGGCGAACUCUGAGCAGGGCAAUGCUCAGAAACUGAGUUCGGAGACGUUUCAGUUAUUCUCUUCCUCCGCUUCGGGUUUCGGAAUCUUCGACGAUGCCGCACAACAAGUUCCUGCUACACUUCCUCCUCCGUGCGUUGAAGUCAUCGCUUCUGAGGCUCCUUCAUCCGUCAAACACAACGUGGACUCUGUAAAUUUGGACGGAGUUACAUUGUUAAAGGGGCGGGUGAAUACACAACAAGUCUUUGGUUUGUCCAACUCCGAUUUAGUUCCCGGGAAAUAUGAAGGUGGACUGAAGCUGUGGGAAGGUUCACUUGAUCUAAUUAAAGUCCUUUGUUCAGAUAUUAAAAAUGGGCUUAUCUCAUUUAGCGGGAAGCGGGUUUUAGAGGUAGGAUGUGGUCACGGCCUGCCUGGAAUCUUUGCAUUGCUUGAGGGUGCAGCUGCUGUACAUUUUCAAGACUUUAAUGCUGAGGUCCUACGUUGCCUUACCAUUCCUAAUUUAAAUGCAAAUCUUUCUGGAGAAUCUCAAGCGUUAUCAUCCAACUCAACAAUUUGUGACAAGGCAGAAGUUCGCUUUUUUGCCGGUGACUGGAGUGGAAUUGAUAAACUGCUGCUCCCUCAUGUUAGUACAGAUGCAGAUCAUAAUCAUGGUGAUGGUUAUGACUUCAUUUUGAUGGCAGAGACAGUUUACUCAAUCAACAGUCUCCAAAGUCUCUAUAAUCUUAUCAAGAAGUGCUUGCGACAACCUGAUGGGGUUUUGUACAUGGCAGCAAAGAAGUAUUAUUUUGGAGUAGGUGGUGGAACUCGGCGAUUUCUCUCUGUGGUAGAAAAGGAUGGUGUCAUGACUAGUAGCCUGGUUGCUGUAAUCACAGACGGUUCAUCUAAUGUCCGUGAAGUAUGGAAGCUUGCAUACAAGUAGUCUUGGUAUUUUCUUCCUUCAACAUUCAAACUAUCCCCGGUUUGUUUGCUCUCAUGAUUGCUUGCCCAAGCAUGGAAAAGGGGGCUGUUGGAAGGGUGAUGAUGGGUUGGCCAUGUUGCCAGUUUAUAUCCAAUCGAGAGAUCAUUCACGCGGGCGAGUUUUGUUAACGGUUGUAGAAACUGUAUAGUCAGGAGCGAAUCUUGUCCCUCAUUUCAUGCUAUACGUCUCUGCUUAUACUGGGCUUGGUUUUUCUUGGUCAAUUGUAUUUUCUAGUAGGCAAUUGAAAAUAUAUAUAUAUAUAUAUAUACGUAUCAAGUGAGAAGUUUUUAUUGUGAGAAGGUGAGAAGGUGGAAAUAUAACCCUUAGAUUAAUUUUCUCUCACUUGAUUAAAUCCCAAAUUUUCUCUUACUUGAUUAAUCUAAGGGUUAUAUUUCCACCUUCUCACCUUCUCACAAUAAAAACUUCUCACUUGAUAUGCUCCCUAUAUAUAUAUAUAUUCUUAUAUGUAUUUAUCUUGAUGCCUAAUGAGAUAAGACUUUUGUUGCUGUUGUAUUUAUUUUGAUUGGAUGAAGCGCAUUGCUGGAGCUAGCCCCUCAGCAAAUAUUAAGGAAUCAAAGAAUGGAUUAAAACGAGAGAAAUAAUUAGGAAAUUUGUCUUGUAAUUUUAAAUUCCAAAGCUCCCAUGAAAUAUGAUCAACAACAGAAAGAUUAUAUGUGAAUCCAACAAAUAUAAGAUCUUUGUAUGAGUCUGCAGUUAAAAAAAAAACUCAGAACUACAACUGACAGAUUGUGUGAAUUCAACAACCUUAAAAGAUCAGUGUGUGGCUGCAGUCAAGAGUCAGACCUACAACGAUAAUAUUUUGAGCAGCCUCUGUUUGGAGGGUUUGACGGGGGAGGAAGACACCCUUCACUUUUGCUGUAAGCUUCACCAGGGGCGCCACCAUUACAUACUGCUUUAUCUCUCGAGAGAGCUCCUCUGGAGAUGUAAGUCUCCUCCAGAAACCUUCGGCUUAUUUCUGAUCCCCUCAGCAGCUCAUUUUCUUCUUGAUUGCAUUCGGCUAUGGAACCAUUGCAUGUGUAUGAAUGACCCGUGCAUGACAACACUGUGCUGCUGAAAUGCAUAAAGCUAAAUAGGACGAGGCAGCUCAAAUUCCCAAGUCUAAUGUUAGAUUCUGAACCCAUUCUUGGAUGUUUAUUGUUUCCUUCCACGUUGAAGCACUAUAUAUAACACUAGUUUUUAGAAACGGGUGCUAGUGGAAGCACCAUUAGUGACAA